AUGCUGCUGCUCCUCUUCACUUCUGUGCUAACUCUGGGUGCUGUGUCUCCUUCAGAUGACCAUGUCUUCAGGCUACAGCGAGGGGGCUGUCCCAUGUUCUGGUACAAUUUCAACGGCCGCUGCUACAAGUACAUCUCCACACAUAUGACCUGGGCUGAUGCAGAGCUCCACUGUUUGUCACAGGGAGCCAACCUGGUGUCUAUUCACAGUCAGGCUGAAAAUGAUUUUGUCAAAACCCUGAUCAAGAACUUCGACCAUGCUCAAGGAUGGACCUGGAUUGGACUCAGUGACAUCCACAAAGAAGGCAGAUGGAUGUGGUCUGAUGGAUGCCUGGCCAGAUUUUUCUUUUGGGGAGCAGGAGAGCCGAACAACCUCGGAAAUGAGGACUGUGUCCACACAUCGCAUCGCUGGAAUGAUUGUGCAUGUUCCAGUAGAUAUCCCUCUGUUUGUGCUUCUCGAAAAAACUGUCCUUAGCAACUGAGAUUGUAACAACUGUCUGAUUCAAUAUGAUCACUGCCCACCUGCUUUUUUUUUCAAAGAUAUUACUAUACACUUUUAUUGUGAGCGAAGGAGUGAUUUUUCUCUUUAUUUCAUAGACAAAUGUGGGACAUUUGAAUGACUAACUGCGGUCUUGCUGUCUGUGAACCAUGCAUUGAUAAUGAUUCUGAAAAAAAGUACAAUUUCCUUUCAGAAAUGAAUACAGGGAUCCAGAAACACGGAAAGCACUGACAUUUGAAUCCACUGAUUCCU